CAUUCACAGAAAUUUUCUUCUGAAUGACGCAUGCGAAAAACUAAAGAAAAAGUGAAUAAAAGCAGCAAGUUUCAAUUGUAAACUUCUCAUAAACAAUCAGGAAGAAAAAAACUCUCUCUUAGUAGAAAUGGUUUUGAGGAGGGCUUUCAAAAGGAAUUCAAAUUAAAUUAUAUAAACCUGACGAUAAUCAUGACUGACCGGCGCAGUCAGAGACUGCAGAAAAAACGCGAAGCGGCUGCUGCAGUUACAGCUUCACCAGGGAGCGUUCCUACUCCUCAAGCUGGAAGCGAUACUUCAGGUUCUGCAGGAAGCAUUACUGGGGCUCAACCUGGGAGCGUGACUGUAGCUUCUCCGGAGAGCGUGACUGUAGCUUCCCCGAAGAGCGUUGCGACCUAUCAACUCCGGAGCGUUGUUAAUCCCCGAGAGGCUACUGCUCCUCCAUCCGCUGGAAGGUCCCGUGCCAAAGGAGAAUUCACCAACCAACGUAAAAAACUUAAGCCGGUCACUAGACCCACGCGUCCCAGGGGAAGACCGCCAGGACGUAUAGAAAAGCUGCCGGUUUUUGGGCCAAGGCGUCCACGAGGAAGACCGCCAGGCAGUAUAGAAAAGCUGCCAGUCUUUGGGCCAAGGCGUCCACGCGGACGCCCCAAGAUAUUGCCACCACCGCCACCCAAGGCUGCGUUCAAGCGCACUCUGGAGGUCAUGAAAUCCCUUGUGCAGUUGGUGAUCUUCGUACCCCUAGCAAGGAAAUUAUUCUCAACAGUAAAACAUUAUAUAGUAUAA